AUGUGCUCAGCAAAUAGGUUAUAUUUAUAAAAUAAUUAACGUGCUCUGAUAACGUACAUAAUAUUCACAAUUCAGAAUAAUUCACAUAUUAUAAUAGCAUCCACUAUGCUCAGACGCAAAUAGUUUUGUGCAUUGUUUCAUUAAAAAACGUGUUUGAAAGAAUACUUCUAAUUCGUAGUUUGAAACAACAAAAAUCUAAAUAUUUAGUGCCAGUCUGUUCCUAUUAUUGUACAAAAAUAUUUAAAAAAUGGUUAGGCAUAAUAAUCAACUUCCGAACAACCUAACGCAGUUGCAAAAUCUUAUAAAACGUGAUCCAGAAUCUUACAAAGAAGAGUUUCAUCAACAACUUGCACAUUUUGAGACCACUUUAGAAAUAUUCAACUUGAACCCCACACAAUAUAGUAAAAAACUCGAUGAGCAAGCUAUGUUCUUAGCUCAAGUUGCACAGUGUUAUUUUAAUGAAAUGAAAACUUUUCCACAAAAAAUUGUAGAUGUUUUAAAAACACAUAACACAACAUUACAUAAUGAAAUGCGUUUGGCAUUAUGCAAGUGCUUAAUUUUACUUCGAAAUAAAAACUUUAUUACGCCAUUUGAUUUGCUAGAAUUGUUUUUUACACUUUUAAAAUGCCAAGAUAAAUAUUUGAGGGAUUUUUUGAAAACUCAUAUUAUAACAGACAUCAAAAACAUGAACAUGAAAAAUAAAGAUAUGAAACUGAAUUCAACAUUGCAGAACUUUAUUUUUAGCAUGUUACAAGAUUCAAACACAAGAGCUGCUAAACUCUCUAUUGACAUACUUGUUGAAUUAUAUCACAAAAAUAUUUGGAAUGAUCAAAAAACUGUCAACAUUAUUGCUGAUAUUGGAUGCUUUUCCAAAUUCACCAAAGUUCUUGUAGCAUCAUUAAAAUUUUUCCUGGGUAGAGAUGAGGAAGAAAAAGAACAAAAUUCAGAUAGUGAUGACGAAAUUGAUCCAAGAGAUACAAUGAUUUCUAAUAAAUUUAAUAAGAAAACAAGGAAAAGGGAAAAAAUGGUGGAGAAAGUAAAAAAGAUUGCAAAAAAGAUGAAGAAAAAGAAGCAAAAAGCUCCUGCAUUCAAUUUUUCAGCAUUACAUCUAAUCAACAACCCGCAAGGUCUUGCAGAGAAAUUAUUCAAACAGAUGGAGGCUUCAAAUGAUAGAUUUGAGGUAAAGUUAAUGACCUUAGAUGUUGUGUCAAGAUUGAUCGGUCUACACAAUCUUUUCCUUUUCAAUUUCUACCCAUUUAUAGCUAGAUUACUUUUGCCUCAUCAAAGAGAAGUUACUCGAAUUUUGCAAUUUGCUGCACAAGCUUCCCAUGAGUUGGUACCAUAUGAAGUUAUUGAGCCAGUAAUGCGUGCCAUUGCAAAUAACUUUAUAACUGAACGAAAUUCAACUGAUGUAAUGGCAGUGGGAUUAAAUGCUGUGCGUGAAAUAUGCACAAGGUGUCCCCUUGCUAUUGGAGAAGAUUUACUAAGAGAUUUAGUUCAAUAUAAAAGUUACAAAGAAAAAUCUGUGAUGAUGGCUGCUAGAUCCUUAAUUCAAUUAUACAGACAAUCAAUGCCAGAACUUCUACAUAAAAAAGACAGAGGUAGACCUACAGAAGCCUCAAUCGAACUGAAAACAAAGAAAUAUGGUGAACUAGAAACAAAGGAUUAUAUUCCUGGUUCUGAAGUCCUGUUGGAAAAAGAGAAAGAGAAAAAUAAUGAUAAAAAGAAAAGUGAAAAAAAUAAAAAGCAAAAGAAUGAUUCUGACAGUGAAGAAUGGGUUGACGUUGCGUCAUCUGCUUCAGAAAUUGAAAUCUCAGACAGUGAAGAAAGUGACAUAGACGAAAAUGGUGAAGCUGAACAAUGUGAUGUAGACGAUACUGAUAACAUGUUUGACAGACCUGAAGAUACUGUACAAAAAAAUGAAGAAAGAAAAAUAUUAAAAGCAAAACGUAAACUGGACAAUGAAGAAAAAGUAAAAUGUGCACGUGAAAUUGCUAUGGAGACAAUAUUUACGGAUGAAGAUUUUAAAAGAAUUGAAGCUGCACAAAUUAAAAAGAAUAUUAGUGGCGUCAAAAGAAAAUCAAAUACUAACAUUGAAGAAGAGGAGGCAGAAUCUGGAGAAUUGGUUCAACUUGGUGCUAUUGAAAAUAUUUAUAAAAAGAAAAAACAUGAUAAGAAUGCAAGGUUGGAGAGUGUAAUGAAAGGACGAGAAGAUAGGCAAAAAUAUGGAUACAAAGAUCGCAGGAAAAAUGCAAACUGCUCUAAAACAAAUAGGGAAAAAAGGAAAACUAAAAACUAUCAAAUGGUAAAACACAAAGCAAAAGGCAAAAUCAAGAGAUCAUUCAAAGAAAAGCAAAUUGCAUUUAGAAACUACCUAAUUAAACAGAAGAAAAUGAAAUAAGUCCUUAUUUAAUUUUAUGUUUUCAAAUAUAUAUUAUUUCUA